ACACGUCAAACCCUCUUCUGUUUUCUCCAUCCCUCUUUAUAUUUCUACUACUUCCUCUCCUCCAUUGCUAUAUAAUCCAACCUAGCUAGGUAGAUAGAUACACAUAUAGUAAGUAUAUUUCUAGACUAUCAUCCUUACAAAGCAAAUAAUGGAGGAUGUGUUGGGUGAUGGUUAAGACGUCCAUUUUUGCUGUCCAAUCUCUUUAACCAAAAAAGUUACCCACUUCCCACUUCUGCAAUUCUUCCUUCCGGUUGCCAAUUGCAACCCCAAAAGAAAAACUCAAAGUCAAGAAGUAAUUAUUUUCUUUGUGUUUAUAUAUCCCUAAUCCUCUAUUCCUACUUCGCUUUCUUUUCUUUUAAAAGUUGGUUUAGUGGUCUUAAACAAAAAUAAAGCUCACACAUAACUCAAUAGCUAACAGAAAGAACCACAAUUCAUCUAUUUGGAGGGGUUUUUGCCAUUUUUCAUCCUUGCAACAAUGGAGUUCCCAAAUCAAGCACCUGAGAGCUCUACCCAAAAAAAAUUGGGAAGAGGCAAAAUUGAGAUUAAGCGGAUCGAAAACACUACCAAUCGACAAGUCACCUUCUGCAAACGCCGCAACGGAUUGCUUAAGAAAGCCUAUGAAUUGUCUGUUCUUUGUGAUGCUGAAGUUGCUCUUAUUGUCUUCUCCACCCGUGGCCGCCUCUAUGAGUAUGCUAACAACAGCAUUAGAGCAACAAUCGAUAGGUACAAAAAAGCAUGCGCUGAUUCUAUCGACGGUGGAUCUGUAUCAGAAGCUAACACUCAGGUAAAGUUUUAUCAGCAGGAAGCAUCGAAACUGCGAAGACAGAUCCGAGAAAUUCAGAAUUCAAACAGGCAUAUACUGGGGGAAUCCCUUAGCACCUUGAAAGUCAAGGAACUGAAAAACCUAGAAGUAAGAUUGGAGAAAGGAAUCAGCAGAAUAAGAUCCAAAAAGAAUGAAAUCCUGUUUUCUGAAAUCGAAUUCAUGCAAAAGAGGGAGACUGAGCUGCAACACCACAACAAUUUUCUGAGAGCAAAGAUAGCUGAAAGCGAGAGGGAACAGCAGCAGCAGCACACACAUAUGAUGCCGGGAACUUCCUACGAUCCGUCGAUGCCUUCGAAUUCGUAUGACAGGAACUUCUUCCCUGUGAUCUUGGAGUCCAAUAAUAACCAUUACCCUCGCCAAGGCCAGACAGCUCUCCAACUUGUUUGAAUUGCUGGACUGCCGUCUGAUGUUCUUCAAUCCAUAUCCUCUGAUCUGUUUUCAUAAAUCUAUGAGAUAAUUGACGUUGUAGCUUUUAUGUAUAUGGGAGAACCAGUUGGCUCAUGUUCUAAAUAAUAUAUAUAUAUAUAUGUGUGUGUGUGUGUGUGAUGAUGUACCCCAAUUCUGUGAUAACAUAUAUAGUAAAUUUUAUUUUCUCACCCUAAUUAAAGGACCAUCUCUAUUAUCUUGUUCA